AUGAACGACGACCUCAAGAAUACCCUAGUGAAUACAAACUAUGCCGGACUGCGCAACAAUUACAGCGCUGACGAAUACGUCGCCAGCGCUGCGAAUGCCAACGGCACUUACUGGUCCGUGGUGGCUGCGCAGAAGGCCUUCCCAGACGCCCUCUCACACCAGUGGGCUUCCAUGAGUCACUCCCAAAGCGGGGAUGCCGUCUGA